UUAAAUUAGCGCUCAAGACUCCACCCACGUGGAUAUGGAAGGUCAGUCAUUACAUUCAAGAUGGCGACCCCCUUGUGUCAGUGUUACCAGAUAUGUGUAAGAAGAGGCUUGGUGGCAGUCCCUUCCUCUUACCUGCUACUUCACAACAGACCCAAUGUUUACAGGAUACGUGGGGUCCUCACAUGCUCUUCACAGGUACGGCAUUUGUCAGGGGAGAGAAGUGGUGGCAGAAAAGGUUUCCUGGGGGAGCUUCUGGAAAACAUUAAGCAGGAGCUUAACAAAAACAAAGAAAUGAAAGACAACAUCAAGAAGUUCCGGGAAGAGGCUAAAAAACUAGAAGAGUCAGAUGCAUUGAAACAAGCUCGAAGGAAAUUUAAAACUAUAGAGUCUGAAACAGCAAAGACCUCCGAUGUUCUGAGGAAGAAGUUGGGAUCCAUCUCUGAGACAGUUAAAGAGGGGCUAGAGGAGGUCAGCCGAACAGAUAUUGGGAAGAAAUUCAAGGAUGGAAUGGAGGAAGCAGCCAAAACAGCAAAGACCUCCGCAGAAUCCGUCUCUAAAAGUGGAGAGAUGUUGGGGAAGACUGGUGCGUUCAGAGCAAUAUCAAAGGGAAUGGAGAGUGUAAAGAAAGACAUCGGUGACCUGGGUCACACUGGCCCUUACCGGCCUCCUGCCAGGCUCAGGAAGAGGAGUGAGUUCUCCUCCAAGGGGGCAGGGGAUGGCAGCAAGGUCUUCGAAGCCAACGAGGAAGCAAAGGGUGUGGUGCUCCACAGAGACUCAAAAUGGUACCAGCAGUGGAAGGAAUUCAAAGACAACAAUAUGGUCUUUAACAGGUUCUUUGAGAUGAAGAUGAAGUAUGAUGAGAGUGACAACGCCCUUAUCAGAGCAACUCGCGCUGUCACCGACAAGAUGACUGACAUCAUAGGUGGCCUGUUUUCUAAGACAGAGAUGUCUGAAGUACUCACAGAGAUUUUGAAGGCGGACCCAUCCUUUGACAAAGAUUCUUUCCUCAAGCAGUGUGAAAGAGAUAUCAUCCCAAAUAUACUGGAGGCGAUGAUCAGAGGCGAGCUGGAGAUACUGAAGGACUGGUGUUAUGAAGCGACAUACAGCCAGCUGGCACACCCAAUUCAGCAAGGCAAGGCCAUGGGACUUCAGUUCCACUCUAAGAUCCUGGACAUUGACAAUAUUGAUUUGGCCAUGGGGAAGAUGAUGGACCAGGGUCCCGUGCUGAUUAUAACUUUCCAGGCUCAGUUGGUCAUGGUGAUCCGAAACACCAAAGGAGAGUUGGUGGAGGGAGACCCUCAAAAAGUGCUCCGGAUGAUGUACGUGUGGGCUCUGUGUCGAGACCAGGAGGAGCUCAACCCAUAUGCUGCCUGGAGACUACUUGACAUCUCCGCUUCUAGCACCGAGCAGAUCCUCUAAGACUCUUUGAUCCGCCCAAAAGCAACAAACAA